CUGAUGGAGUGCCGUUGCAAAGGCGAAACACAACACAGGAAGACGAAGGAAGCAUUGAAAAAAAGCAACGGCCCCUCUUCAACAGUACUGAGUCAACAGAUGUCAACCCUCCCGUGAGUGUGGGAGGCCGUCAGCUGCAAGGCGACGAGUUGUGUGGUUCAGGACCAUCUGGGGCAGGGCCAAGGCUGAUAUGGCACCCACUCAAGGCCUUACUUCGCCAUAAACAACCAGAGUACGGCUGUCAAUACCUCGAUUCCACUUUGAGACAGCUAGCAGGUUGAAGACGCAGGAUGAAGAGCGUACGGCUCACACUUCCCCUGCUGCUUGUGGUCCUCCUCGGGUGUCAUGCCCAGGACAAGCCAACGCCCGUCGUCUUAUGGCAUGGCAUGGGAGACACAUGCUGUUUUUUCUUCAGCAUGGGCCACAUCAAGAAGUUAAUUGAGGAGAGGAUACCAGGCAUAUAUGUCCGAUCUCUCAUGAUCGGUGACAACAUUCUUGCUGAUGAGGAACAUGGAUACUUUGGGAAUGUAAACACACAGGUGGAAGAGGUAUGUGAAAAGCUGGCUAAUGACACUGAGCUUCAAGGUGGUUACCAUGCCAUGGGGUUCUCACAAGGAGGGCAGUUCCUCCGUGCCGUGGCAGAGCGUUGCCCUGAGCCAGCUAUGCAUAAUCUCAUCACAUUUGGUGCCCAACAUCAAGGGGUGUUUGGGAUUCCAAACUGCUCCCCCAACGACACACGCUUCUGUGAAUAUGUUCGCAAGAUUCUAAACCACGGAUCUUACAUAUCUUGGAUUCAAGACAGCCUUGUUCAAGCACAGUACUGGCAUGACCCCAUACAUGAGGAAGAAUAUCGCAACUAUUCAAUUUUCCUGGCUGAUAUUAACAACGAAAAGGUGGUGAAUGAGGAGUAUCGCACCAACCUAAUGAAGUUGGACAACUUUGUCAUGGUGAAAUUCUUAGAGGACUCAAUGGUGGUGCCUCGUGAGAGUGAAUGGUUUGGCUUUUAUGCACCAGGCCAAGAUGUAGAAGUCCUUCCUCUUCA